AUGAUGAACACAGGAACAUGGGAAGGGCAUCCCUCGGGAUAUACAACCGUCGAGAUGUUGCUAGACGACGUCUCAAAGCAGAUUGCAACAUCAAAUCUUACUCGAUACUCUCGAGGAACAAACGGACAAAAAGCCGGCGGAUCGAUGCGUAUAGCAAAGCCCAGCAGCGCAAGCAAUAGCCCAAGAGGAUCAGUAGGCCUAGGAAGACGAAGGACUGUGAUGAGUGAUGGGCCUUACCGACGGAGGCUUGCCAUGCUCGAACAACAGAAUGCAAUGGCCAACGGAGGAUUCGUAUCCAACGACGGCCUACAAAUACCCUCAAGAUCGACUCGGCCAGUCAGCUGGCAUCCAGCUUCUCAUCUCACUGCUCAACAACAAUACCAACCAAUGUAUUCAGCUACUCAACACGAUGCCAACCAGUUCCAGAUGUUCGACGUUCCAACCAACCAAACUGCAUACUCGGGAUAUGCAUCGCCCAGCUCGACAUUCUCUCCAUUAUCGAUGCCAUUCAAUGGCUACGAGCAACCACAAUAUCUCUACCAAGGCCAGACGCCAUCAAGUCAUUCGACUUCCGAAUACGCCGGGCAACAGCAGCAUCAUCAAUUCCAGGAGCAAUCGUCGCAUAACUUCGUGCAACAAACAUCGUCAAACACCGAUCCAACCAUGUACUCUCACUUCGACUGGAACAACUUUGCAACCAAUGGAUUUGAGAAUUCAUCAACAGCACCACCAACGCCAGAGAACUUCCUACCUAUUCAACACCCUGAGCCUAACUUUCCAGCCGAGGACGCUAUUCCAUAUCACCCACUAUCAGAGCCUGAAUCUGAUGGAGAGGAGCUUAUUGGUAUGGGUCUGUACGAUGCCCCAGAAGUCACCAAGACACCCUCUUCUCAUCCCGAGCUAGACAACUACCGGGCAUUGAUGAUGACCGGCUUUCUUGGAACUGGUUAUGGCAAGGUCGAGUCUACUGGAAAGGGCUUGAAGCUCGAGGAGACAUGGAACCCACCGCCUAGCGAUGACGAAGAUGAAGAUGAUGAUGAAGAAGAUGGAGAAGCAGAAGACGACGAUGAGCCUCCUGCGAAGUCGCAGCCUGUUACUACCUCAGUACCUCAGCAACAAGUCGUCCAGACCCAAAUGAACUUUGCAGCUCAAGGAUACGGUGGCCCAGGGUGGCUGUGA